ACAGACCAGGAGAGGCACUGGUUUCCUAAGCCACUCCCAAAUGGCAGAUGCCCAGCUCUACUCAACGGGGACAGCACUUGUUAGUUGUGCAUGUGUUCAGAGCCCUUUGCACAUGCUAAGAUUCACAUGUCAUCACUGAGGAAACAGGCUGGGAGGGCCUAUGAGUCGGCCUGGGGCACGGCUAGGCCUGGAGCCUAAAUAUCAGGGGCCCACAGCCCUGCCUAUUCUGUGGGCCCUGCAUCUCUCCCAGAGGUUUCUUGCUGUCUUCCUUCCCCAUCUUGAACCCCAGGAUACCAUCAAUUCUAUGCCCUUCUAAGUCCAGCUCAAGCACCUCCCCAAGGCUUCCUUCAGCUCACAUUGUCCAGGGACCACAUGCUGACUCACCCAGGUGGCCCUGCUCUCUGGGAGCAUCUCCCUCAUUUCCUUCCUCUGGAGGGAAGGUUCACUUAUGAAGUUGCUGUAUCUGAUCCUCUGCCCAGCUGCCCUGGGAAGGGAAAUCAGGCCCUGCCCGCAGAGCCAGAGCUAGGACUAACUAUGUAGUUUGUGGGGCUCAGUACAGAAUAAAAGUGUGGAGCCCCUUGUUUAAAAAUUAAGAGUUUCAUAGCAGUGACAGCAGAGUAUGAAAACGAAGUACAGGGCCUUCCUGGGCGUGGGGUUCCAUGCAGCUACAUCGGUCACACAUCCACAAAGCCAGCCAUGACUGCAGGAGACAGAACCCACCCUUAGGAGCUCCCAGGUUUUAUUUGGCACAAGGGCAAGAUUUGGUGCAUAGCUCACAGUGGGAGCCAAGGACGGCAGAAGGAUUCUUCCUUCUGCAUGGUCCAUCAGUAAGGCCUCUCAGAUCCCAAACCCAGUCCAUACGCCUCAUCUCCCUGGGUUCCCAGCCAUCUCCUUGAGAUGGGCCAGGCAGGAGAUAGGGCUCCAUUUUACAGAUAAAGACCCCAAAGCUCUCUGAGAGCCUAUGUAGCUGGCUUCAUCAUGGCAGGUAGAUAGAACAUGGGGCUAAGAAGGGCUUGGAGGACCUGCCUAGGAGACCGGCCAGCUUCCACACUCCCAUCAGCUGCUGGAGCUCAUAGGCAGGCCUGCACAAGUCCAGCCUUGCCAGCCCACAGCAUGAAGCCUGACAGGUCAAGAUGGAGCAGCCAAGGAAAACAGAGGUUUCCUACCUCACAGCCGCUCACCCAAGGGAAUUCCAGGGCAAGCCCUGGCACACUUCUCACUGGCUCAGGGAUGGCAGCUGCCAAAAUGCCCAUGGCCUCGCCCAGUCCCUUCCAGUGGCCCAUGUUGUAUUCCCCAUGCCUCCUCCACUGUACCCCUAAGAGGGGUAGUAGAGACCCUGUUAGGGCCACACUGAGAAACAGAAGGACAAAAUCAGGAAAUGAAGACCUAAUGCCCACACAUAGAACUGAACCCAGCUGUCCAUGACAGCUUUACUCUUCAUUGACCCAAACUGGAAACAACCCAAAUAAUCAUCAACGGGAAGGACAAGUUGUGGUAUAUCCAUACAACAGAAUACUCCUCAGCAAUAAAAAGGAGUAAAGUACUCAUAUACGCAACAGCAUGGAUGAAGCUUAAGCUCUUGUGCUGAGUAAAAGAAGCUCGUAUUGUGCAAUUCCACCUCCAUGAAGUUCUAAAAAAGGCAAAGCAAAUCUGUAGUGAUAAAACAGAUCAGCGAUUGCCUGGGGCUGGGGGUUGAGGAGGGUUUGACAGGAAAAAAGCAGGUGGGAACAUUCUGGAGUGACAUGAUGGUGGGGGGGUUACAUGCAUUUGUCGAAACUCAUCAAACUGUGUGCCUAAGAGGGGUACAUUUUACUGUGUGUCAAUUCUACCUCAAAACAGUUUGAUUUAGGAGAAAAGAAAGAGGUAGGAGCCAGAGGAGGUGUGUGGGUAUGCGGCUGCCAUGUGGGUAUACAGCUUUCAGUAACAUCAGGAGGCAAGGAGACAAGCCUCCCAGGGGGUGCUCAGUGUUUGAGGGUCAGGGGCCUGGGUCAGCCCCAAGGAGUCCCCAUACAUUCCAGAGACAGGAAGAAGAUGGGGGCCAAGAGGAAAUGUCCUCAAAGGAGGGGGAGAACCAGGGGAUUAUGAUGCCUCUGAUGCUGGGGAGAAGGAGCUCCAGCCAGGUCAUGGCUCACAGUUGGGAUUAGAAGAGACCGGAGAAGUAGUGCAAGGUCUGGACAAGGGGAGAGGCUAACCAUGAGGACCCUUGCUGUGGCUCCCCUGUGGACGCCCACCCCCACAACCUCCCUCUGACAAUCUCUGUUAGGCUGGCCGAGGGCCCUGUUCUAGCGAUCAUCUAAGGGGCUGAGUGGCACUGAGUGAGCCCUGGGACACUGACAUGCCCAGCGUGCAGGACUGGACUGAACUCUAUAAGCAGAGGUGUCAUCCCUGCAACCUUGGGGCCCUGAAUGGCUAAGGAGACCCAGUGGAGUCUGUGCCAACCCCCUUGAGGGCCUGAGCUGGCCUCCAGGAUGGACACAGGCCCCCUCCACACUCCAUAGAGCUGCUAAAUUUAGCCAGGCAGUGGAGGCUGUCCUGGGGCUGAGGGCUUGGCAGCACUGCCUUGUCUCCCUACAAGGUCUGGCCCAAUACCGGAGCUGGCCACUCAGCCUUUGGGCUUAUAAGGCAGGUCCGGCAGCUCUCAAGUGCUGGAGUCUUGGGGUGGACUCUGGGCCAAACUCUCAGACUUUGGGGAGCCUCCUUUCCAGGCACUAGCCGACAUGGGAGCUACUCAGUUUCUGGAGUCUCAGUUUCCUUAUCUGUAAAAUGGUUCCAAUACCUACCUCAUGGGGCUGUUUUUUAAAAAAUCUGCUGACUGAGAAAGCACUGUGUUCCCUGUAAACUCUGACCCCUGCCCUGCCCAUCUCUGCCCCCGACAAUGCCUAAAACAAUCACAGGUGUCUAUCCCUGGGGAUGCUGGAGUUGGGGCAAGGAUGGGAAAGUAGAGGCCCGGAUGGAAAGUUACAUUUUGGAACCAGUGAAAGGUGUAUUGCUCCUAUCAGCUGCCUGUCUUACUCGGGCCAAGUUAUUAGCAAAAAAAAGAGAAUUUAUAAUUGGGAAAAGAAAUGUAAUUGUUUUUAUUUCUUUUUAUUUUGGGUAUGCUCUGGAUAUGACAAGUCCAAAUAAGAUUGUCCCCACCACAGUCUGUUUUCUGAGGGGUCAGAACUGAGGCUCUAACAGGACCACAUGUGUGUGCUCCAAGCAAGGGUGUCUGAAGAGCUGAGGAGACCCAUUGGAGCCUUGUGCAGAACCUCUUCAGAGCCCAGGCUGGCCUCCAGGAUGGGCAUAGGUCCCCUCUGCACUCCACUAGCUGCUAAAUUUAGCCAGACAAAGAAGCCAUCUGUCCAUUAGUCCAUCUGUCUGUCAGCAAGCCUGGCUCCUUGGAGGGGGCGAGGGGAGGGGAAGAGGAGGUGGAGGAGGUCAUGGCGAUGGUAGGAAAAGGGCAGAUACAGACUGGAGCAGGACUGCCUGACCCCCUCUCUCUUUCCCCUCCCCUCUCCAUCUCUCACCGAGCGCCUGCUAUACCCUCCUGAGUGUCCAGGAAUCGUGAGUGAACUGGGUCACUAAGAUGGCAGCAGCCGCCCUCACUCUUCAUCGCAAGCCAUCCAUGUCCUGGGACCUGCUAUUCCAAGAGCCACAUGAUCACCUGGAAAGGGAGUAGGCCCUCUUGUCUGGGAUCAAGACACAGGUCUGGCUCCCAGCAUCUCUGGAUUUUUUACCUUAGGAAAGCCCAGGACAUGGUUCUGGCCUGCCCCUCUUGAAGGUCAUGUUGGAUAGACAGUUGGGCCUGAGAUUCGUGAAGCUGUUCUAUUUGAGAGGGGGAAAUGGCCUAGGGUGCUGGAAUGGGCCACGGGCCUGCCCUCUGUGGGGGCCACUGCUGUGCAGAAAGCAGCUCUACUCAGACAAGCAGCUGGGAUUUCCAGCCUGGGAGCCUGGCUCCCUGCCGAGAACAAUUUCCCAGCUAAAGGCCUCCAGGAAGAAGACUCCUAUCAGCCUUCAGAGUGAGGCAACUUGGCCUGCAGGGGAGUUCCCCACACCCCUGGGACACCCAGCCUCCAUCUUCCAUGUCCCGAGAAAGCCCCAAGGACACCUGGCCUGGAUGGAGGGCCAGCCAGGAAGGCCAUCCUGCUUAAACCGAGGCCUCCAGUAGAACCCAGGGGAGGUGGAGGAAUGGCCGGGACAGCACAGGUGAUGAGAGAGGAGAGGUGAGCUGCAGAGAUGCCUGCCCAGUGCUCAGGUUGAUUGGGCACAGGCCAGGCUUGGACUUGGAGGCACACACAGGUGGAUGGAAGCUGGCCUAUAAGGACAGCAGUGGGAAUCCUGCCACAGGCUCUGGAAGCAUCUGGCAGCUGGACCGGAAAUGGCCCUACUUCCUCUUCCGCUCUCCUGACUGCAACCCCCACCCCCCCCAGGGGCUGAGCUCCCCACCUGGGGGCACAGGCGCGGCUGGCCCACAGUCCAUCGCCUGCCAAGGGCCAAGAGCUUCUCUGACCACCUAAGGAUUCUACUUUUCAACCCAGGUGCCUUCAACUGACCCCUGCCUCCUGAUCUCUGGCCCCAGCUGCCCUGCCCUACCCUUCCUAGGGGGCCAGGAGGCCCCUAGAAGCUCCACCAUAGACUUGGGUGUUGACACCUGGUUCACCUUGAGAGCAAAGGCUACAAGGGGCUCAGUUCUCAGCCCCCAGCCUGGCUCACUAUGGCCCAGCGGCUCCAGGAUGAGCUGGCCGCUUUCUUCUUUGAGUAUGACACUCCCCGAAUGGUGCUCGUGCGCAACAAGAAGGUGGGCGUCGUCUUCCGCUUGAUCCAGUUCGUGGUUCUGGUCUACGUUAUUGGGUGGGUGUUUGUCUACGAGAAGGGCUAUCAGACUUCAAGUGGCCUCAUCAGCAGCGUGUCUGUGAAACUCAAAGGUCUAGCCGUGACACAGCUCCCAGGCCUGGGCUCCCAGGUCUGGGAUGUAGCUGACUACGUCUUCCCAGCCCAGGGGGACAGCUCCUUCGUGAUCAUGACCAAUUUCAUUGCGACCCUCCAGCAGGUUCAAGGCUACUGUGCGGAGCAUCCAGAAGGGGGUACAUGCAGAAAUGACAGUGGCUGCACUCCGGGGAAGGCAGAGAGGAAGGCACAAGGCAUCCGCACAGGCAAGUGCGUGGCCUUCAAUGACACUGUGCAGACAUGUGAGAUCUUUGGCUGGUGUCCCGUGGAGGUGGAUGACAAGGUCCCACGCCCUGCCCUUCUCCAAGAGGCCGAGAACUUCACUCUCUUCAUCAAGAACAGCAUCAGCUUUCCACGCUUCAAGGUCAACAGACGCAACCUGGUAGAAGAAGUUGAUGCGGCCUACAUGAAGACCUGUCUUUAUCACAAGAUCUUGCACCCACUGUGCCCUGUCUUCAAGCUCGGCUAUGUGGUGCAAGAGUCAGGACAGAAUUUCAGCACCCUGGCUGAGAAGGUAUGGUGCCAGGGCGGGGUGGUAGGCAUCACCAUUGACUGGAACUGUGACCUGGACUGGCAUGUGCAGUACUGCAAACCCAUCUACGAGUUCCAUGGACUGUACGAGGAGAAAAACCUGUCUCCAGGCUUCAAUUUCAGGUUUGCCAGACACUUUGUGGAAAAUGGGACCAAUCACCGGCACCUCUUCAAGGUGUUUGGGAUUCGCUUUGACAUUCUCGUGGAUGGCAAGGCUGGGAAGUUUGACAUCAUCCCCACAAUGACAACCAUUGGCUCUGGGAUUGGCAUCUUUGGAGUGGCCACGGUUCUCUGUGACCUGUUGCUGCUCCACAUCCUGCCCAAAAGGCACUACUACAAGCAGAAGAAGUUCAAGUAUGCGGAGCAAAUGGGGCCAGGGGCGGGUGAACAUGACCCCGCAGCCACCAGCUCCACCUUGGGCCUGCAGGAGAACAUGAAGACAUCCUGACCCUCAGCUCCGGACUCCUGACUGGACACAGCUUUGGUCAGGGGCCUCGGUGGGGUCCCAACCAGAACAGAGCGGUCUCCACAGGAGCUCUCCACCGUCUUAGCCAAGCAGACACUAGGUCUUGGCAGCUCAGAGUGGCCACUGGGGGAGACCUGUGCACAUCUGGGCUCUGGCCCCAACUCCACAAUCCCCAAAGGAGCUCUGCCCCAGCCUCGGCCACUCCUGGUCUAGAGGGACUGCAGCUGGGCAGGGCUCCUCUCUCGUUCUUCUAUUGGAGCUGUGUGCUUCUCUCUCUGGGCCUUCAUGCACCACACGGCCUCGUGUCUCUAGAUCCAUGCUCUCCCAUAUGGCAGACACUAGCCACAAUGACCAUUUAAAUCAAUAUUAAUUUAAACUGAAUAAAACAAAAAAUUCAGUUCCUAAAACUAGCCACAUCACAACUGCUAAAUAGACACAUGUUUCUAAUGGCUGCCAUAUUGGACUACAUAGAAUAUUACAGAAAGUUCGGUUGGACAGUUCUGCUUGAGCCCUCUUACUGGCGCCAGAUUUACCUAUGGAGCUUAUCAACAGUGCAGGCACCUGGGCCUACAUCAGACCUCAGAAUCUCUAGGGCAGGCCACAGAUAUGCAGUGAUGGCAAACUCCCUGGGCCAUUUUAAAGACUGAAAUUUCAGAACCACUCCUGAUUGGCUAUCGGAGGUAGCCUGGGCCUGCAUGAGCUGGCAGAUGCAGGUAUUGAGUAGGUGUGUGGUGCCCUUGCAGGCAUAUGGUGUCUCAUGUACACACUGCCCUGUGCACACUCAUCCUCAUGCACCGCCCCCCUCAUCCACACUCAGGCCCUGCAAACACAACCAUCUGAAUAUACCAAUGUCCUCAAGUACAGAUGCAUGGUUCAUGCCACAACACCUCCACAGGGAUAUGCUUCUCCUCAAGUGUGUCAGGCCAGGACAGUGCUUUCUAGCCACGAAUCCUUACUCAGCUACCUUGGGGUUGGUGCAGGGCCCUGGCCACACCCUGGGCUCCCUGCUUGUGGCCCAGCCUCGGCACCUCAGGCAUGCCCAAUUCUGUCUGACACAAGGUCUGGGGAACCUGAGUGAUGGGGUACAAUAAAAGGAAGGAGGACAAA